AUGCGUUUUGCAGCUGCUUCCUCUCCACUAGGCCUUUUGGCUGGAAGGGGCAAGCACUGUCCACGAGGUCCGUUGGCUCAUACUCGCGUGCGGAGGAGACGCUGCGCUGACGGCUUAACACUUAUGCAUACUCGUUUACACUUAUCUGAGAUUAAAUUUCGUGUACAUGGAACGGUACCGAUUGCAAAAGGGCCGAAAGAGUUGAAUGAUCGCGGAAUCUUGAACUUUGAGACUCACACCAAGUCGGAGGGUAGCGAUGGGCAUUUCAUACCGUCAACACCAUGUGGACCAGGGCGCCUACUGUUUAACGCCAUCGCCACCUCCUAUACCAUCAACCAUUCGCUCCCGUCGAUCACUGGGACGUCGGUAAACGUGGCAACUGCGAAUCAGUUCAUCUAG